AUAUGUGAUAUCACUAAGGAAGUCACCUCGUUCUCGAGAGCUCUAGCUCGUGCUCGUGUCAUAGGUCCUCUUGGCUCUUGAUGAGACGAUGGUAGGUCCAUAGGGAUGACCGUAGGAUGCUCCGCAUCAUCAUCUCUCCUUGCUUCAAAUUUUAUGUGAUUGGCAAUAGGCUUGUUUUAGAAUAUGCAUUGCAAGGUGCACAUGCAGAAAAGCAGUGCAACGAUUCUUGCAACUGUUAAGAGCAGUGAGGUGAUGGUUCUGCCACCUCUUGCUCUAUGAUCAGAUUUGUUCUCUGCGGCUAUUGUUUGCUAUGCAUCUUGUGUCAUGAUUCGCGAAGAUAAGAACUUUACUGACACUAACCAUUUAAACCAAUACCUGUCGUUUUAAUAUGCUGUUCCAGGUUAAGAUUCUCUUAUCACUAUCCUGUAGAGAUACCAACAAGUCAUUAUCACCGCUCCAAUUAUGCAUUAUUCCUCUUCCUUUUCAGCACUUAUCAAAAGUAGUGGAUGGAACCAAACAAAUACACAACUACUCGUAUAACCCCAAAACCAUGGGUGUAGCUACUGGAAAGGUUUAUCCAUCCUUUUCUGUAUGAAGUGGAAUAAAGGGAGAAUUUCCUGCCCACCAUGCAUCUUCCUUUUUAUCGUCCAGUUUUUCCAUUUGCUUUCAGUGUGAAAGCAUGGUGAUGACACUGUUUCUCUUCUUCCUUUUUGGUAGGAUGCCUGUUUUGUCCAAUGUUUGCUGUUACCCUUUCCUGACAUUGUUUUAGGAAUGUGAGAUGUGGAGAAAAGGAGCCGAUAGUUGAGCUUCUGUGAUUCAUCAGAUGAUGGAUCUAUCUGAGCUGUCAAGCUUUAAUGAUCUUACAUCUUUUUCUUGCAUCCGAGAUGCUUGUAGUUGUUUUUACAAUCAAACUUAUUUAAUUGUAGGAAGUGUACAGCUCUAAGUGAUUGGACAUCAAGAUAUAUACACAUGUAUGUAUUACAUAUUUUAAAACCCAUUCGAUGUUGAAAUGGGUAUUACCUUCUUUCCCCAUGUGUUGGGUCUGUGCAUGUUUUAGUUCCCUACUAUUCCUGUCUUUCGGAUAAAUGGCUGUAACAGUCGUCUAAUGACUUUGUAACAGUCAAUUUUCAUUCAGAAAAAAACAUUUUUUAAAGGUUUCUCCAAUCAUUGUCUGAUUCACACCCACUUUUCUUGUAGUGGGAAGUUCCUGUUUCUAUUCUACCUGUACCAAUCAAUCCAAUCAUCCAUAGCAUUCGAGUGUCGUAGCUCUAAGCUCAUUGACGCUGACAAAUUUCUAUGCUUCAAGAAAAUUCAGCUGUAGUAGGAAAUACGUUUUUUCAGGAUACAUAAACUAUGCCCUGGAGAUUCAUUCUGUGUAACAUAGUAAACAGCUUCAAUCUUCAACACAGUGUAACGUUUUAGUUUGUCAAGAACCAAUCUUUAGAAGGUUUGCACAGAGUUUAGUACUCCCAGCUAUUUGUUAUGUAAGAAUAAAUGUCCUUUCUGUUUCUUAUUCGCAGGGAAUUUUAGCUGUUGAUGUCAUUUAUAGUCACUUAAAUUCCUCCAAAACUCUUUAGUAGUAAAUAUCUUGUAAAGGUAGAAUUUUUUGAUUUAGUGAAUAUGUUCUCCUUACAUUAAACGCUCAUCGUUCCCUCAUUAACUUUUAAUUUAGCCAAAUUGCUGGAUCCCUGCUCUCUGACAAAUAUCUUGUAAAGGUAUUUCGUAAAUUUCAGUGGCAGACGUGGUUUCUUUAUUUGUAAAAGAUUAACAGUGUAAUUGGAUAUUUAUAAUUGUAUCCUAUCUAGAAAUGUUUAUUUAUCUUAUUUCUAGGUUUGCUUAUUUGGGAACAUGUUCUAGGGCACUUUACUUCUGCGCAUUUCUGCGGUGCAGCGUCAUCAUAUUCUGAAAUCCUUUUCCUGUCUAGGGUGUAAACCACACAAGCCACAUGAAAGAGAACUCAUAGAUCAACUUGCAGAAUUUGUAGUUGGGAUUUUAUUUCAGCAGUUUCAUGAAAAAGAAAAGUACUUUGUCUUUUUGUUAUGCUUUAUUCACAGGAGGACAUUAUCAAUUGGAAUAAAGAUUUUGCAUGCAUAAAUAAAAUUCUGUUUCCCUCUAUAUAUACGGCCUCCUUCGGUUUGCAUGUCUCAUUGCAGCCACCUCAGUUCUCUCUGUGUGCUUGUACUGACAUAUAAGGCCAACUAUGGACUACUCAAAUUUGCGUCGCCAAAUUACCUUCAUGAAGAAAAGUUUCUUUGAUCAGGGUUACCUUGAUGAACAGUUCAAUCAGCUGGAAGAACUGCAGGACGAAUCAAGCCCCAAUUUCGUUGAGGAAGUUGUGGCUUUGUUUCUGAAAGAUUCGCCGAGAUUGUUGUCAAACAUAGAACAAACAAUUGGGAAGUACCCUCAGGAUUUCUACCGGUUAGAUUCUCUUGUGCACCAGCUCAAAGGCAGCGGAUCCAGCAUUGGAGCAGUGAGGAUGAAGAACGAGUGCUCGGUGUUUAAGGCACACUGCAAUGACAGGAAUCUGGAAGGAUGCCGCAGGUCACUGCAGAAGAUGAAGAGGGAGCAUGCCACUCUGAAGCAGAAGCUGGAGUCAUAUUUUCAGUUACUGCGGCAAGUCGGGCCUCGCGAGCAUGCCGUGAACUCAAGGAAGUAAGAAGAUAGCAUAUGGAAUGCAGUUCCAAGGGAACUAAGGGACCAGCUACCUCUCUCCCUUGGGAGCUUUUAUCAUCCAUAAUUUUUGCUUGCUUUUAACCUGGGCCCUUUUGUUGUUCAUGGGUGGCCUAGUUCUUUGUUGUGUGAAGCUUGCUCAUGCAUACACAGCCCCUGCCUUGCUAUGGGGAAUGCCAUGAUGUAAUCUAACUCCUUUCUUUUACGAAUACGCCAAGCUUGCUUUCACGAAUCAUGUGUUGUACCACCCCUAUGUAAUCUAACUCCGAGUAGCUGUGCCCCAAAUAUAAUGAUACUAAUAUGAGUUGUGCCA